ACAGCUGGAGUUAAUCAUGAAGGGAAUCGAAGCAGUGACUCUGAGCUGCCUCGUCGUAGCCGUCUCGGCGAGCAAUCUGGGAGGCUUCUUCCCUGGCGGCGGCUUCCAAGGAGCUGGUUUCCAUGGUAGCGGACAUCAUGGAGGAGGGAUCCAUCCUGGUGGUGUCCAUGGAGGAGGGAUCCAUCCUGGUGGUGUCCUAGGCGGAGGGAUCCAUCCUAGUGGUGUCCUUGGCGGAGGGAUCCAACCUGGUGGUUUCCACGGCGGUGGUAUCCAAGGUGGCUUCCAAGCUGGUGGAAUCCCCGGAGCUAGUGCUGUUAUCGGCAGCGGAAUCUCCAAUGGCCCAAGCGAGUGCAGGUAUUGGUGCAGGACUCCCGAGGGUCAAGCCUACUGCUGCGAGACGGCUUAUGAACCAGAAAGGCCUGUUGGCACCAAGCUCUUAGAGUGCCCAGACGUGCGGCCGACUUGCCCACAAAGCAUCCGCGCUGGGGGACCUGUACGCUGCUCCAACGACUACAAGUGUGCCAACUUGGACAAGUGUUGCUACGACAGGUGUCUCAAGGAACACGUAUGCAAGCCCCCUUCAAUCUUCGGCGGCCAUUUUUAAAGGGCUUCAAUUGAAAAGGAAUGUCAGCUCUCUGCCAUACUUUAAACAAACCGACUGUCCAUGCCAUUUCCAAUAAAGAAGUUUGUAUCGAAGACUUAGUUUUUAAAAUACGUUUGAUUACUUUGUUAAUAUUAAAAUAAUCUCCAUGUUGCUUGAUUCACACACAAAAAAAUAUCUGUAGUUACAUGCAGGGCAUAUGAACAUACACAUCAUAUAUCUAGAUAUGUGUAUGUAUAGAUAUGUAUAUGUAUUAUGUAUGUAUGUAUGUAUGAAUUACUGAGGACAAAAUAUUUGACGCCUUCCCUUGGAUGUCGAUUAUUUUGAGCGAAAUUGUUAUUCUGGAUAAUGUCUUUGAUUUAGCUUUUUCUUCUCUUACUGAGUAAAUAAGCACUAUGCUGUAAUAA